AUGUCUCUCCUAUGUGAAUCUCCGAUCUAUGAACCGGAGGUGAAAAGUCGCGAUUUAGAUGAGAUGGAGGAGGAUACAGGUUCGAUUUUCUCAGAGUCCGCAUCGGAGCAGUCUAUCCCCCCGACUCAGCGGUCUCUUUCGAUGUUUGAGCGAGUCAUCACCACCCACGCGCCUAUCCUUGAAUCUCUCCUACUCCAGACUCCCACCGAUGCCAUCCUCAAGCUCUUUCAUACCUCCCGCUACCUUCGAUCCUUCCUCCAAAAUUACCCAACGGCAUGGAAGUACCUCUCGUUCCGCUUGUUCUACCCUUCCGGCAGUCAGUUCCCGCUCCGGAUUGUAUUCCCUGGAGGAACCGAGUCGGUGAUGCCACGCCAAUCGCGGUCAUAUGCUCUCGAUCAACUGCUGAUGAACGUGGUGGUUCCGUUCAGCCCGUGUCUGAAGAGUCUGGAGCUGGAUAAUACCGCGGUCUCGGGGCAGAUUCUAAUAUCUACUGUUUUGCAUUCACGACGAGAAACCCUGGAGCACCUCUCUGUUCGUGGCUGCAAGAAUGUCUCUCUCAAAUACCACAUUAUCCCCUAUCUGACCAUGUUCGGACUCCAGUACGACGUGGACAUGGAAAGGAACAUCGGCAGCUCCUCGUCGACGAAACGUCUUGCACUAAAGAGUCUCUACACAUACCGAUGCCGGCAUCAUAGACGCAGACCGUAUCUCUCAUCUUCUCUCUUGCGCAAGGAUUCGGACUCUGAGCCUACGCAUGAACUGGUCAACCUCUGUCACAAAUUGGGGAUCUGGACUGACACUGCGUGGUGCUCUACUCCCGCCGGGAGAUGCUUCCGGAGAAGGAGCUAUGUUUCUAUGAGGGUUCCUCAGGGUUCUGCUGAAGUAUGGGUGGUUUUUGACCGACUGUGGAGGUCUAAGAAUUGGAUCGGCCCAGUGGAACAGGGCGGUCGGCCAAGCCAGAGAGAUGGGAAGUUGUGGGAACACAACGAGACUGGCUACAAUGGCGAGCCACUCGGAACCGGGGAAGGACAGGGACUGGGCGAAGGCAAGAUGACGCCUGCCCAUUUGCGUUCGAGCCACACUCGUUUCGUCGACAACAUCCGCUGCGAUAAUUGCUUUGAGGAGAUUUCGGAGAGAUGCGAACAAUGUAGUAUCUUGAUGCACUGCGUCGGGUGUCGAAAGACCCUCUGUGCGAGCUGCGCGUUUGACCGACCCUAUCUCCACCGCCGCAGCAGUUCAGAUGACGCCGCGAAAAGCUUCUGGUGGGCACAUGGUGUUGUCGUGUCCCCGUGCCUCAUGCAGGAUCCUCUCCGAAGCCCGACGGACAGCGUCUCUGUCAAUUCCAAUGACCCAGUACCUUAUCCGAACCUAAAAUUUCAUUGGUGUUGUACCGAGCCCAUAUUUUCCGGAGGCGGCGGCAUCAGCAUCGGCACCCCUAACCGGGACGUGGACCAGGUGCGAGCAGCUCCUUUACCCCGUGGUCAAGGCUGGGAGGACUUGGAAUACUCGGCCAACGAGUGGAGCAAGACCUUUCCCAAGUAUGCUUACGGUGACCCCCGUAAACCGGACUACUCCCUUGAGACAGGCCAUAUCGCCAUGAUGAAAUGGCUACUGGGACCGCCUGACCGCCAGCCUACAGCAUGUCCUCGGAAUCUCUGUCAAGAAUGUUACGACGCUCCUCAGUGGAAGGUUCACUGUAAGAGUUGCUCAAAGCCAUUAUGCAUCGAACACGACCUGCGGGGUCUUCGUCUUCGCAUCUGCGGUUAUCGGGACCUGGCUUUGGAGAAAAUGGCUAUUCAGACCCCGUCCGGGCUGAGGUCCGAUCAGAUCAACAGCGAAUUCAUGCGAGACCUCGGCAUUCCCCAGCCUGGGCUUGCAGGUUCCACUCCCGAAAUCGAGCUACCUUACCGAACCCUGCGUGUCUUCGAUUCCACUACUAGCAGUUUCACUGAAGAUAACGGGGAUGGGUCGCCGUUCGAUUCCCCCAAAUGGCAGGGCUGCCAGUCCUUCUUUUGCCCACAGAUUCGCGCGGUCGGUGACCAGCGUCAGAGAUGCUCUAGCAUCCUGCGGGAAUGCACGGCCUGCUCGGUCUACGUCUGCCAGGAUUGCAUCAAUGUGAAUCCACCUUGCAACUGUUCCUUUUGCCAAGUGCACUACCACUGCCCGAAUUGCAUGAAGCUUCGUGAGCGGGACGGGACAUGUCGCCGGACGGCAGAAGAAAAGGCGCGACGGGAGCAGAAGUGGAAGCAGGACAUGCAAGCCCUGGAAGCUAUUCUGGAAUUUAAGCUGGCGGACGAAGUCGUGGAAUUUGCAGGACAAUUCUUCGACCUGGUUGAGGCCAUGUCAGACGUGGAAGUACAUGAGUUGGAGGAUGUUCAGCAGAACCAUCCAUCGGAUUCAAUCUUCCCAUUUGACCAGAGUCCUCUGGGAGCGGACUUCCUGGUAGAUGAUGCCUUGACUGACAGUUCCGAGUGAGAUUCUCAACCUCAAUUGUCUUCGGUAUCAGUAAUGUGUGUUUAGCGAUAUGUUCAACAGCGUCGGACUUUGCGCGGGAAGCAAAGCACUCAUGUGAUGGGAGUUAGGCGUGACAACUGCUCUAUUCGCAUUAUUGUCAUGGAGCUAGCGAGUAUGUUAUGGCAUAUUGAUCAUUGUUCGGGUCGUUUACUAGGAAGAGCGUAUUUGUUAUUCCGUGUAUGUGCCUUGUUAGGAGUCCGGUUACUAGCUACAGGGAAUUGUCAGAACAAGCAAUAAAUGUCAAACUAC